AUGGCGUCGUCAAGUGAAGAUCCUGUUAUGCCCAUAUUGGACAAGGCAACCGACAACCUGACCGGAUCGACCGUGUCCAAUAUCAAGGCGGCCCACGAAAAUGACAAGACAGCCGAGGCAACUUCUGCGAACGACACGGUCGCGGACCAAUGGAAAGAGGAGCAGAAAGCACCAGAAACAUCCAGAGCGCUUGAUGUUGAUGUCUCUGACGAUGUCGCCGAUGACGUGGGCAAGCUAAGUUUGGGUACCAAAGCAUCACAUGACGGAGAAGCUGCCAUUGCCACCACCGACGCAAUCAUGGAGCCCACCAGCCUGGCGGGCAACGAGCUUGACCAAUGCACGAGCACGCUCGAUGAAGAGCUUCCCAGUACUACAGCAAGUGAUACUAACCUAAGCGAUGUGCGAGUGCCUGUCGAUGCUGCCGAGACAGCCCCACAGACCACGCCCUGCUCGACAUCCGACGCUCUGACUUCCGCCGAUCAGGGCGAACGGAAGGAUGAUAACACCCACAUACCGUCAGCUUCACAGACUGUGGAGGAGUGUGUCGACUCGCUCGACCAGCCAGCGGAAGCUGCGUUGGAAUCCAAGGCUCAACCGACGAUACUCGAAGCCACCUCGCAAGCUGAGGGAAACAUCUCGCCACCAACCGUACCAAGCAAAGACGCUCCGCAACCUCCGACAAAACUACCAGCCAGCAAGAGCGCGCACAGCGUAGACCAGACAGACACACCAUCCACGCCCGUAACUCAAAAGGCUGUACGGCCGAGUCGAGAAGCGCUGGCUGACGCGGACAGCGUAGCCGCCGUUGCGCACGCUUUUGGUAGAGACUCUCCCGCGCUUCAGUCUUCUACGGACACGGCAGAGCGCAUUUCCACUCCAGUCGAUGGUUCAAAUGUUGGAAGCAGCAAGGCACAGGCUGGGUCGAAUGUUGUGCAAAACCCGAACGAAGCUGACAAGGAUGUACCUGCAAAAGACGCACAGGACCGAUCGGACUUAUCACGAGCUGCAGUAAGCGCACCAGAGAGCGAAACAGACGCCGAGGACAAGGCAGGAAACGCAGGGAACGCAGGGAACGCAGGGAACGCAGGGAACGCAGGGAACGGAACGCCGCGUGGCGGCAUCCGCAUUGGCAAGGGACCUCCUCCGGCAACACAGGCGAGCGAAGAGCUUCCUUUCGACUUUAAUCGGUUUCUGGAACAGAUGAAGCACAGGAGCGCUCAGCCCGUUGGCGAGUACGUACGCAGCUUCAUCAAGGGUUUCGCCAAAAAGUCAUACCGCACGCAGGACCAGAUCAAGCUCAUCUUUGACUUUCUCAACUUUAUCGCUGAUCGCAUGCGGGAGUGCGACGUGUGGAAGAACCUCGGCGAGACCGAAUUUGAAAACGCAAAGGAGGCCAUGGAGAAGCUCGUCAUGAAUCGUCUCUACCCGUACACUUUUACGCCCGCCGUACAAAAGGAGGGCCGCUGGGCGGUACAGACCGACGAUCUGGAGCGCGACAGGGUGUUGAAGCAGCGCAUCAGUCUGUUCGGCUGGCUCAGCGAGGAACAUCUCGACGUUCCUGUAGGCGACCAUUCUCGUGGCUUUGUCGAGUUUUCCAUCCAGGAGUUGCUCAAAAUUAACCAUUACAAGGCGCCUCGCGACAAGCUCAUCUGCAUCCUCAACUGCUGUAAGGUGAUUUUUGGCAUGAUCCGACAUCUCUCGUCGCAGGAAAACGCAGACACGUUCAUUCCGGUGCUCAUCUUUGUGGUGAUCAAGGCGAAUCCGGACCAUCUCAUUUCGAAUGUCGAGUACAUCAGCCGCUUCCGCAAUCCGGAUCGACUUUCAAGCGAAUCGGGCUACUACCUGUCGAGCCUGAUGGGAGCGAUCGCGUUCAUUGAGACGAUGGACUACACUUCGCUCAGCAACAUUACGCAGGAGGAGUUUGAGAAGCGCGUCGAAGAAGCUGUCUCGUCGCUGCCGGAAGCGGAAGCGGAAGUGGAACCGGAGUUCGCGACAGGAGCAGGAGCAGGGACGGGUGCAUCGGGAGUGGGGCUACUGGCUCCGCCCACCACACCUCCACCGAGGGGCGGUCCGUCGCUGUUUGAACCCGCGGAGCAUCGGCGGAGUGUCAGUGCUACCAGCGUCUCGGCACCGUCUGGGGCGGGCGAGGAGGCUGCCAAGGCUCUUCCUUUCACACCGAUGGCCGCUUCGCUUGCCGACGACACACGUGCGUUUUUCAUGCGGACAGGUGAAGCGGCACGCACCGGUCUUAGCCGACCGAUGGGCGCACUGGGCAGGUUGAUCAAUGAGGGGAUUGAGGGGAUUCGCACACCGAGCAGCAACGAUAGUGGUGCUUCCAGCGAGCGGCCGAACUCGCCGAUGCAGCUCGCUGGUGGGAGUGGCGUUGCGUCUGGUGGAAUGGCGGCAUCGACGUCGCGAUCGAAACUUUUCGGCGGUCUGUUUGGAUCGCUUGACACGUCGGGAGGCGGAGCUCAGACAAGAUACGCAGGAUACCCAGGGCAGCAAGAAGGACGCAGAUCUAGGAUGAUGAUGGACGAUGAGCCGCAAACGCCUUCGACGGGCGAAUUGCUUCAGGAUGGCUUCCAUCCGUAUCCCGGAGCGCAAAACGCUCCACCUCGACUGGUGAGACCACUGAUGGCACAGCGAAACCACUCGAUGGAUGACACGAUGUUUGAUGACGAGUCGGCAGGCAGACGCAAUCUGAUGGCCACAUCGGCGGCCGGCGGGCGUGGACAACGCGAAGCAGACUACCACUACUACGACGAGGACGAGGAGGAGGAGGAGGACGAGGCGGAUGGAUCGCGGUCGAUGCGCAACACAGCAGCAGCCGAGGAGCAGACGCGUCGACGCAUGCAGAUGCAACGUGAUUUCGGACGUGGAUUCAACGCUGGUGGCGGCGCGACGCCAGCGACGCCAACGCGACGAGGAGGCGAAGCGGGCCAAGGACAAGGUGGACUACAAGCGGGGCGUCGGGAAGUGAACGCGUUGGAGAAGGCACAGACGGAGGAAGCGAUCCAGCGAUCACUGGUGGAUCAAGAACGGCUGCUGGAUGCAGUACAAGCGGAUCAGGCAGCACAGAAUUCGGCGAGCGUGGAGACACUCCGGUCAAUUUUCCCGAGCAUGGACGUUGGCGUGAUUCAGAUGGUGUUGCAAGGAUGCGAGGGAAACGUCGAGACAGCGAUCGAUCGUCUGCUGGAGAUGCAGUAG